GGAUCGCGCGGUCCCUGGACAGGUUAUAUAAAGCUGACAACGAGCAUUCUGGAAUCAUCGUUCCUGAUGUCAUUUUGCAUUGCAGGCACGGGGAGUUCGGAAUCUUGAAUAUUAAGCCGCAGCCGAACCCAGUCGUCAUUGAUCGAUACAUCAUCACCAAGAGCCAAGGCCUACGCAUCCGGUCAUUUGACCCCGCGAGCAGUCAGCGAACGCCUCCACUGAAGGCGAUCUAUCGCGCCCAACUUCUCUCUCACCUUCAUAGAUAUUUUUUCUUGCCCUCGAGUCGCACUUUCAGAUCUCGAGUUUCGCCAAGAUGGUUCUAGGGAUAAAUAAUCCGCUCCCAUCAUCCCUCAGCAGUGAAUGCAGAAAGGCUGGCAAAAUUCUUGCCUCCUUUGUUGAUCCCCGACAAGCCUUUGGUCCCGAUAAGAUCAUUCCUCCAGAGAUUUUGGCGGGCGCAAAGGGCCUUGCAAUUCUCAGUGUCUUGAAAGCUGGUUUCCUGGGAUCCGCUCGGUUUGGUUCUGGAGUCGUCGUCGCUCGCCUGGGCGAUGGCACCUGGUCAGCCCCGUCGGCUAUUGCGACAGCGGGUGCGGGAUUCGGCGGUCAGAUUGGGUUUGAGUUAACUGACUUUGUCUUCAUUCUGAACGAUGCUGCUGCAGUGCGGACAUUCUCCCAGGUGGGAACUUUGACUUUGGGUGGUAACGUGUCAAUUGCUGCAGGACCUGUCGGCAGGAAUGCAGAGGCUGCCGGUGCAGCAAACACUCGGGGCGUUGCGGCGAUUUUUUCUUACUCGAAAACCAAGGGGCUUUUCGCGGGUGUCAGCUUGGAGGGAAGCAUGCUAGUGGAACGCAAGGAUGCGAACGAGAAGCUCUACAAUGGCCGAGUCACGGCGCGCCAGCUGCUCAGCGGAAGCGUACGACCACCACCUGCGGCUGAACCCCUUAUGCGCAUCCUAAACUCGCGUGCAUUCCAAGGCGUUGCGAGAGUGUAUUCCACGGAUUCCAUGUAUAAUGAUAUUCCCAUCUACGACAACAACCAUGACGAUGUUGUCUGGGAAGGCCGGCGCGGACAGGCGUAUGGCGAAGGCGUUGGUUCUCGACGGGACCGCAACAGGUUCGAUAGAUACGACGGCCACGACGAUUACGAAUAUCGUGACCGACCACGCGCUAACACAUGGGCUGAUGACGUCUAUGACCGCCCUGCUGGUGGCUUGGAUCGCUCUGGUACGACUCGGGGUGGCCGCAGCGAUUCAUUCAACCGCGGCGGCUACCCAUAUGAGUCGUCUUAUGGUCGUAGUCGAAGCAAUACACUUGAUGAUGACUACGUGUAUUCAGACCGCAAACCCAGCCGCCCCACGGCGCCGAAACCGGUCUUCGGACAACGAACGGGGCUAGCACCCGAGCAGCGGAAGGAUCAGGUAGUGGCUUUGUAUACCUUCGAUGCCGACCAGGACGGCGAUUUAGGAUUCAGGAAAGGAGACAUUAUCACAGUCAUCAAGCGGACGGACAAAAGUGAGGACUGGUGGACGGGACGCAUUGGCGACCGGGUUGGCAUCUUCCCUAGCAAUUAUGUCGAGGCUCUCUAGGCCCAUCGGUUUCUAUGAUGCUCGUUUAUGUGGAAAUGAUACCAAUUAGCAACAGUCGUCUUUUUCAUGCUUACGGUCUUAUCUGGGUCUGGAACUAUAGUCAAUAACCGCAUGUAUCACCCUCUGCCAGCGUUUUAACUUGUCUUUUCUCUUUGUGCUUCCUGAACGUCAACGAGCAUGCCCUGCGAAGGCGUCCGUGUUUGUUUCUUUUUCGAGCUGUUGGGAUUUCUAGUGCAAAUUGGAUCACUCAUCCUCUCUCUGUCUGUCUUCUUGUCUGUUGUGUACUAUUUUUUUCGAAAUAUGCUUUCUGCCCGCUGCUCGUUUCUGAUUGAUCUACAUGCUUGCAGUUGUGCUUAUUAUUUACUUGGCCUCGUACACCGUGUCAUGAAUAAUAGUAGUAGUUGGUAGUUCAUUCGGUUUCCAACGCUGUGUAACCCGGCUUGCAGAUUCGGUCACGUGUGCAUGCUACUCGUUCUCAAAGCGCAGGCUACUUUUGAACUGAGUGAAGC